GAGUAGCGCCGCCGGUCCCGCCCCCGUGCCAGUUCCAGCUAUGGCGGCCAUGAGCCUGCUGCUCCGGGCAGCGGCUGCCUGGGGAGCUCGGCGGGCGGCGAGCGGCGCGGCGGGCUGCGCUCGCCUCCCCUGGCCCGCCGGGGCCGCCCGCCUCCCCGGCACCGUCGGGAGAAAAAAACAUAAGACUUUGGUUCAAUUUUCAGCUCCUGUACGACAUAGCAGCAGCCAUGGGAAGAGAAUGUUUAUUAUCAAGGCAACAAGUUUUUACGAUACUCGAUUUCUGAACUUGUUGAGAUUCUAUGUAUUUCUGACAGGAAUACCAGUGGCACUAUUCAUAACAUAUGUCAACAUCUUCAUUGGUGAAGCUGAACUUGCAGAGAUUCCCGAAGGUUAUAUUCCAGACUACUGGGAAUACUACAAACACCCUAUAAGUCGCUGGAUAGCUCGUUACUUCCUUGACCCCCCUGAAAAGAACUAUGAGAAAGAGAUGGCUUUGCUUGCUGUUGAAGCGAAGAAAACUGAACUGAGGCUGAUGGAGUUGGAGGCACGCAGACUGAUGAGACACAGGGGAGAUGGACCUUGGUAUCAUUAUGAAACACCUGAUAAAAAUCUUAUUGACAAUUCUAUGAAAUCCACACCUGACAAUUAAACAAUUUUAAGAUAGUAUGCAUGGUCUUAAAUGCAUACCGACAAAUUGUGACUGAGCUAUGUAAUAUACGUCCUGCUGUUUAGUGACGGAAAUUAGUAACAAUAAACAAUGUUUGUGUUGAUUCCGAUAAUUUGAAAGAAACUGUGUGGCAGUUAAGCUCAUACAGCUGUUAAGGUUGUUAAUCAGAGAGAAAGCCUUAUGUCAGUUGCCAACAAUUACUCCUUUUCUCCAGACCAUCAAUGUAGAAUGGGCUUUGUGACCUAAGAUAUGUAAAACAAGUUGGUAGUAUUAGUCUUCGUCAUGUGAUUUCUAGUAUUUAAAGUUUUAAAAUGAAAGGUACAGGAAACUAAGGCUUUUUUCUUUCACAAUGCCGUGUGUCAGAUAAUUUGUGGAAGAUGAACUAAGUAAGAAAAAUACCUUCAGAUCUUUGGAAUAUUAGGAUUAUAUCUACCACUGUAGACAAAUACUUUCUUUCUCAUUACUUGUAGUCAAACUCAUCUUUCACUAUUUUUUCUCAGCUUGCAUAUUGUUCAACAUCUGCUGUCAUUUUCUCUGCAUUAUCUCAAAAGUUUCUCUCUUUAGAUAUGUUAAUACCCUUCAUCCCUGAUAGUGUCAGCUGUGCUGCUCUUCCUUAAUUAGUUUUGUCCCCAGUUUUAAACUUUUUUCCUCUUGUGUAUGCAUAAUUUAUGCUCUUUCAUUUUCUCCAGUCUCACCUGGAGACACAGACACAGUCUGUGUCUGCAAAAGACUUCUUAAACGGACUCUUAUAAAAAAACAAACAAACAAAAAAACCCAAAACCCCAAAGAUGACUGACUUUUGUGCAUCUUUCUGAACUGGACAAUUCUCUGUGUAGAUCAUCCAAAAAGUGGUCUCUCUGGAACAUCUUUCUACAUUGUUCUCGGGGUUUUUGGUUGGGUUUUUUUUAACGGUUUGUUUUUAAAUGAGGUUUAAAAGCAUAACAGGUACUUUUGCUAUGAUAUAUGCUUCCUGUUCUAAAUGGUAAUAGAUCUAAAACAGAGCCACAUACUCCCUUUGUGGCAGAAAGGAUCUUUGUUGAUGAAAACAGAGUCAGUGCUCAGUAAUAUGUUAAUAUUUCAGAAAACUCUUAGUGAGGGGUACCCACCAUUGUCACAUAACUUUCAUGUUUUAAAUAUGUAUCUAGUGACAUGGAGAAUCGCAUGCCAAGUAGUUGUGGGGAGGACAGUCUUUGAAAUUAAUUUUAACAAGGCUUUGGUUUUAUUACCUCAGGUAUCUCCUGUGUUUUCAGAAGGCAGAAUUAAGACAGAAGUGCUUGCCUAGACCUAUGAGUGUCUACACUGUCAGAUGGAGGAGUAGAAAGCAAAGGAAUGGUUCUUAAACAGUGUGUGAUGCAUAUAAAUGCAUGUUUUAGUGAUUUUUAGGUGAUUUUAUAAGCCUAAGUCUUUCAUGUACUCUUGAGAAUACCCCCACAGUUCCUAGGCUAAAGUCUAUGCUCUGUCAUGUAAAACUUCUCAUGAGAAGGAAGAAUCUCAGUGGACAAAUAUUAGACUUUCCUAGUAACUGCUGUAUAGCUAACAUUUUUAGCAAUAUAUUUAAGUUAUUGAUACUGUUGUUGUGUGUUGUGUAUUGUUGUGUUGUUGUAUAUUGAUUCUGAGAGCUUU